CCUGAAUCCCGGCAAUUCAAGGCAAAAUUGCGUCCAUUGAGUGAUUAUUCCGGCUCAGUAUUUGCCCCGGCUAUGAUUUAAAACGCCAGGGUUGCUGCAUUUCGUCGGGCUAUAUUUGCGCGUUGUCCCACCUCCUCAGUCUCUCUCUGCCUACUUCCCCUCACCCCUCCAUCCAUAUCUAUCCCAUAGCCUAGCAGAUACAGCUUCAAAAUGGCCCCUCCCAGCGUGUUAAUGGUAGGAACUGGUGAAUACACCACUGGCUAUGUCGGUGGCACCGCCUCUGGAUCAGACAAGAAAGUCGGCGUUGUCGGACUGAGUCUUUUUGAUCUCCGCCGACGCGGAAAAGUAGGCGACCUCAGCAUGGUCGGCGUCUCAGGACGCAAGUUCCCAGGAAUCCGCGACCACCUCCACAAAAACAUCACCCAAGUCUACAACAACCUCGACACCUCCUUCACCUCUUUCCCCGCCGACAAUGCCACCGACCCCGACGCCUACAAAGCCGCCAUUGACGCCCUCCCCAAAGGCUCCGCAAUCACAAUCUUCACCCCCGACCCAACCCACUUCCCUAUCGCAAUCUACGCCAUCGAGCGUGGCAUCCACGUCCUCGUGACCAAGCCCGCCGUCAAGACCCUCCCCGAACACAUCGCGCUUGUCGAGACCGCGCGCAAACACAACGUCUUCGUCUUCGUCGAGCACCACAAGCGCUUCGACCCCGCCUACUCCGAUGCCCGCGCAAAGGCCAAAACCCUCGGCGACUUCAACUACUUCUACUCUUACAUGAGCCAGCCCAAGUUCCAGCUCGAGACCUUCAAGGCCUGGGCCGGUAAGGAGAGUGAUAUUUCCUACUACCUCAACAGCCACCAUGUUGAUAUCUGCGACUCCAUGGUUGGCAACGACUAUACCCCCGUUCGCGUGACUGCGAGCGCCUCCACAGGAACAGCCGUCGAGCUCGGCUGUGUCCCCGAGACAGAGGACACAAUCACGCUGCUCGUGGACUGGAAGCACAAGACCGAGCCCGGCAAGGUCGCAACGGGAGUGUAUACCGCUUCCUGGACGGCGCCGCAGAAGGCUGGUGUCCACUCAAAUCAGUAUUUCCACUACAUGGGUGCCAACGGCGAAGUCCGCAUCAACCAAGCUAAGCGUGGCUACGACGUCACUGGCGACGACUCCGGACUCGCCUGGUUAAACCCAUUCUACAUGCGCUACGCCCCCGACGAAGAAGGAAACUUUGGCGGCCAAACGGGGUACGGGUACAUCAGCUUCGAGAAGUUCAUAGACGCCAUCACAGCGCUAAACGAAGGCCGGGUAACGCUCGACCAGCUGGACGCACGACCACUACCGACGCUGAAGAAUACCAUUGCUACGACGGCGAUUCUGCAUGCGGGGCGUGUGAGUCUGGAUGAGAAGAGGCCUGUUGAUAUUGGGGAGGUUGAUGGAAAGUGGACUGUUAAAUAGGUUAUAUAACAUCCUUAUUUUAUAUGUAUGUGGAUUAAUCGGUCCUGUGGAAAUACUCUAUAUUCAAAUAAAGAAGUCGAUAUCUUAUUGAAUGCAGCUAAGGAAAACUGAAGGCCUAUUCAUAAUAUGUUAUCCCCGGGCGAGCAAUAAGCAAGGAUAUCUAUGUAAAUAGACACUCCAUAGCCAUGUUUAAUAACGAG